AUCACCAUGGCUGCGGUGGAUCGUUUCUACCUCUUGUACCAAGAAAUCAGUCGUUCCUGCAGCUUUUACAUAGAGGCCCUGGCUAUAGUUGGAGCAUGGUACACAGCCCGAAAGUGCAUCUCCCUUGCGAUUGACACUUACGGCAUGCUCAGGUUGUAUGUCAUUCCAAAGCUGAGUGGCGAGAUUGAUCUUGUCAGGCGGUAUGGAAAAUGGGCCGUGGUCACUGGUAGCACAGAUGGCAUUGGGAAGGCAUAUGCUGAAGAACUGGCAAAGCGUGGUGUCAACAUCAUCUUAAUCAGCCGAAACAAGGAGAAGCUGGAGGCUGUAUCUAGAAUCAUCUCUGAAACCUACCAAGUGGAAACAGAUUUCAUUGUAGCUGACUUCAGCAAGGGGCGUGAGCCUUACCCAGCCAUUAAGGAGGCUCUGAAAGACAGAGACAUUGGCAUUUUGGUGAAUAAUGUAGGAGUAUUUUAUCCCUACCCGGACUAUUUUACCAACCUGUCUGAGGACCUUCUGUGGGACAUAAUCAAUGUAAAUAUUGCUUCUGCUAACAUGAUGAUGCAUAUUGUGCUGCCGGGCAUGGUAAAGAGGAGGAAAGGGGCAAUUGUGAACAUUUCUUCUGCAUCCAUUUGUCGUCCGACACCAAUGAUGACUGCCUAUGGAGCCUCUAAAACCUACUUGGACUAUUUCAGUAGAGCACUACAUCAUGAAUAUGCCUCAAAAGGAAUUUUUGUUCAGAGUUUAACCCCAUUCUUCAUUGCUACAAAAAUGGUAGCGUGCAGCAGCAUUUUGUCGAAGAGAUCUUUCUUCUUCCCUUCUGCUGAAGAAUAUGCAAGUCAUGCUAUUUCUACUCUUGGGUUAUCCACAAGGACUUCUGGUUACUGGAAGCAUGCAAUAAAGUUCACACUGUGUGAGCACGUACCUGAAUGGAUCUGGGCACGGUGUGGAAUAUAUCUUUUAAGAAUUCUCCGCAAGGAAGCUUUAACGUGCAAGUGA